AUGAAUUCGAAAAAAGAACCAUUCGAAGUUAUUGAAGAAACCAUUAUCCUGUUUUCUGAUAUUAUCAAAGAGUGCGCCUCUAAAUAUUAUUCCAAGCAACAGCUGGUCGACCUGCAAUGUGCCAUUGAAUCCAUUGAAAACACCAUGCACAUCUAUCCGGGAGGGGCCAAGCAACACUUGGACCCGUUGCGAUCAAGAUGCACUCUCGCCCUUCGCUCGUACAACAACUGCGUCAACCUGGUUUUUGAGAGCUGCGCGUCGAUCAGUCACACCUUUGACGUUUUCCUUGCGAGCGCAGGGAAGAAGGAUUUGGUGGCGGGAGACAAGGAGAUCCUAUGGAGCCCGAUCGCCAAGUCCCUCAGCAAGGGAAGAGCCAACAUCUCCAAGUGCGUGGAAAUGCUAUGCGCCCUUGAAACUACAGUGCCCAGUGUGAAGGUCUUGUUCAAUCAGAUGCUGCAACAUAUUAAAUCUGACUUCACAGAGGUUGGCAUAUGCACCACGACGAUGCAGCACCUGAAAGCGAAGAACGAAAAAGCCCAAGAACGAGAGAGGGCCUCUAAAAAGAAGCAAUUUUUCAUGGAUUUAUGCGAUACCGUCUUAGCCUUGAUAAAAAAAGGUGGGAUGCCCAACAAACUCAGGCCGAUUGUUGAUGAGGGCCUAGAUUUGGUUCUCAAGCAUCCAGAAUCUGCAUCCCUCGAUCAACAAAUAAAAAUAAUCGAGUUCCUCUCCAACCAUCUGAAUAAUGAAAUCAGUAAUGCUAUCAAAAUCGUAGAUAUGGUGUCUCAAAAUUUGCAGGUACUCCACAAGCAAUUUGAUGACCUGGAAAAUCUGAGUUCCAAUGGUGAUUUCGAAACCAUUGUUAACGGCUUGAGUAAGAGUUUUUACGCAAAGCCGCACCUACAGGACCAAUUAAUUCGACGCAUGAACGUAUUGAGGAAAGAAUGGCACACAUACCAGUUACUGCGAACUGAAAAUUGAGUUGGAAA